GCUGGCGCCGGCCCUCGCCUUUCCACGCGCUCUUUCGCGCGUAUUGCCCCACCGAGAAUUUGGGCCAAGCACAAAUAUCCCUGUCUCUUUCCAUCUAGUCCACUGACCAUAGCGUCAUCUCGCUCCUAUGUUUUCUCUCGGCUCGUGAUUUUAUGUAAUAAGUUCAAUGUUUACAUUGUCAGGUGAUGAAAGAAUUAACAUUGACUGAUUUAUUGAUACGGACGGAGUGGUGCUGGAAAGACAGUUACGAUUCAUGUAUUAUGGACAGUUCGUACCCGACGAGGUGACCAAUAGACAAUGCCGAUCCUACGUAACGCUGACCACCCCGCGGUGAAGGCGCCAGACUCCGUGGCCACGCGGUAUGCGGUCGCGGUCUUGGGAGCCUGGUCUGCUGAAGCUGCUACAUACCCCUUCGACUUGACGAAGACGAGACUUCAAAUUCAAUCUGAAGUUGCGGCCGCCAAAGUCGGAUAUAAGUUAGAAAACAUCGGUAUGAUAAAGACAGCAAUGGGUAUAGCCAAAAAUGAGGGCGUAUCAAAAUUGUGGACUGGUCUGAUGCCAAUGUUCCAACGACACGUGAUUUACUCCGGGUGCCGGCUUAUCAUCUACGAGCAUAUCAGGAACCGGCUCAAGGACGAGCAAGGGAACAUGUCGCUUGGUGCCGCUUCUGUAGGAGGUCUGAUAUCGGGGUCGCUGGCGCAGCUGAUCGCGUCUCCGACCGACCUGGUGAAGGUGCAAAUGCAGGCGGAGGGCAGGCGGGUGCUGCAAGGCCAGGCGCCCAGGUUUUCUAACUGCAGGCAGGCGUAUGCGCUCCUGUAUGCCGAGGCCGGCCUUUUAGGGUUUUGGAGAGGGGCGAUACCAAAUGUCCAACGUGCUGCUCUAGUCAACAUGGGCGACCUAGCCGCCUACGAUUACACCAAGCAGUAUCUGAAGCGGGAGUUUGGAAUGGCAGACAACGCGCUUCUGCAUGCAGCUUCGGCCUUUACCGCUGGUUUCGUGGCGGCUGUGGUGGGGACCCCCGCUGACGUCAUGAAGACAAGGCUCAUGAACCAGCCUAUAGGACCUGAUGGAAGGGGUAAAUUAUAUCGUGGCAUGAUCGACUGCUUGCAACAAUCCGUGAAGAAUGAAGGGGUGUUCGCCCUUUACAAGGGUUUCCUGCCUCUAUGGAUGCGGUUGGGACCCUGGGCGCUAAUCAACUGGUUAGCCUUUGAAAACAUUAUGCUGGCCAUCGGAGGAAAUACAUUUUAGAUGAAAAAUAUAAGCUGUGCUUUAAGCGAACAGUCAUGGAGUCAUGUGUUUUGUAAGAAUAUAGGUUGAAAGUUAUGGAAUAGAAAUUAAAGAAAGACUUAGGUCAAAGACCAAUGAACUGUGAUUCAGAUUAAGUAGGAAAGGAGUUUUAAAAUGACAAAUGCGAAAGAACAACUAAGAAAAAAUAUUUUAAGGACAAAAUAUAGAUACUUAAAGUACCUAUAUCGUUUCGCCCACAAGAUGGGGGUAAUGAAAAACCAAAAGUAGGUAAAUUAAAAAGAUACCUACCUUUUUUAUUUCUAUGUAACAAUCCAACUUGCUUCGUACGCACGUGGAUGACAAAGACAAUAGUAGUAUGUACUCACAUUUAAAAUUAGUCCUCAUUUUUUUAAGCAGAUGGGAUUUAGCAGUUUCUAUUGUUUACUAGAUUUAGAUAAGUGGAUAGUAGUCGGAUAGUUAGUUAUAAAUUAUACCUACACGCCAACAAUCUUCUUUAUUUAACGAUUCUGCUUUACAAGAACAAUAUUAUUCUUUAAAAUUUAUUCAUAACACGAGAUUUUACCCAAAAUUGUGUAGAUACUUACUUAUGUAUUUUUAAUAAAAUAUUAAUGAUAUACUUGUAUAAAAAUAUAUAGCUACUUACCUAGUUGUAUGUUAAAAUAUAACUGAAUAGUCAAAAACGUUAAUGGAUAAAAAAAGUUUUACGUAGGUACAAAAAAAUAUAUUAAAUCUUCUCGACUAUUCCAAUGCCAUAGAAGGUAAAAAAAAAAUCUUAGCCUUAUACAUCCUCUAAUGGAAAUAGAGACUAAAUAACGGCCCCCUUUUUCUCAAAU